UGUCCAUGACAUCUUCCCUUCUGAGCCCCCAGCAGCCUUCACCCCCAGCCCCAUGGAUGAAAGACCAGAGGGGUCUCCUGAAAGUGUGCCUGGGCAUUGCCCUGGACCCAGCCCCUCCUCGCUGGUCGCCUCCUUGCUGGAGCUUCAGGACCACUGUGACCACCCCCGGCUACCCCAGUGCCUGCACCAGAUAGCUGAAGCCUACUUCCUUGAAGAAGAUUAUGAGCGGGCGUUUCAGUUCCUCCAGCUCGAGAGGCUGUACCACGAGCGCCUGCUGUCCAAUCUCGCCGCCCUGCAGGGGGAGUGGGAGUCCAGGUGGAAGGCGUGCCGGCAGGCGGAGCGCAGCUCCAAGGAGAGGGCCCGCACUGAUCUGGGAUCAGAGCACCUGGAGACACUGAGGCGGAUCUGCAGGUCACACCGGAGACCCUCUCUCGGCACAGAGAAGCACGCUGCCGCGGACCCGGAGCCGAAGAACAGCCUCACCUGCUGGAGGUGGCCAGGAGAGCAGAGGUUGGACGGCACCUCGCUCCCAUGCAGUAUAGGUGAGUUUGGACCCCCGCUGGACACUCUUUCCAGGGGAGGGGCAGGUCGCCUGCACAGCGUGGGUUAA